ACUUCCAAACCAGUCUCAACCUCACCAAAAACAACAACAAUUCAAGUGGCUGCACAGGCACAAGUAACAACUGUACCAGUAGCUGGCACGUCCUCAGAAAAACCUCCUGCUGCACCUUCCCUGACCUGCACUCCGCCCCCAUCUAUAACAACUGUCAGUGUAACUACCACAGCCAAGGCAGAGACGGUUACAGUAACCACAUCACCCUCGACAGAAGGAGUCCAGGUAACAACCGCUGUAGCAGCAGCCCCUUCCAAAGAUCACACAACUUCAGCUCCCCCUGCCACAACUGCAGAAAAGAUCCCACCUACAGUAACAAUUUCUACAGGUGCUACAUCAGCUCCAUUACCAACAGCCACAACUACAUCUUCCCCAGGAAUGUCUGUCACAGUUUCUACACAAAUGUUGUCACAACUCCCCAAGUAAACACUACCACAGCCACUCCUGUGUUAGUAACGGAAGCAGCCGCAGCUGUCACAGCGAAAACGGUUCCUCCUGUGUCCACCACAAAAACUUCUGCAGUCGUUUCGCAAAGCUCUGCGUCCACAGAUGUUUCCCCAGAGCUGUCGGCAGAGGGCCCGGCAGAGGGCCCGGCAGAGGGCCCGGCAGAGGGCCCGGCAUCUGCUCCUUCUAGUGUUUCAACUGAGAAUCAAUCUUUAGAGCAAACGCAGGAAGUGUCUGCAUCAAAAAGAGAGCUGGAUAAGGUGACAGAAAUGGAAGUCGAUGCUGUGGAGGCUGAAGCUAGGACUAGCGAGGAGGAGGAGGAGGAGGAGGACGACGACGACAUCUGUAAGUCUCAGCCUAAAAGGAGAAAGGUGGAAAGUUCCUCUGAGACCAAAGACGUUGAGUCAGGAAGGGAGGAAGCCGGUGGAGAAGCACAGUCCACAACUACGCCUCAAAAAGAAGAACCUGAGCAACAGGCAGUGGAGCAAACUACUCAAGAUCAGAAAAGGCCUCUUAGUCGCCAGAGUAGCCAGGAGUCCACUCGCUCCUCCUCGCCAUCAUCUGGGUGCUCUACAACUACUCUCACUCGCCAUGCUCACCACAAGAGGACUUACGAGAAUAGACAUCCUGCCAAGAAGAGGCGAAUGGAUGUCACCUCAGAAGAAGGGAGGGAGGAGAAAAAAGAAGAGGGUGGGGAGAAGAAAGAGGAAGGCGGCGAGAAGGAUCUCACAGACGCUACCUCUCGGAGAAGGCGUUCCAGGGCUUCCUCUUCCUCCUCGGACUCGGACAACGGCGAGAGCAGGAAGGAGCAACGGUUGACUCGCUCAGCCAAGCACAGGGGACAAGAGCCGGAGAGGGAAAAGGGCAAAACCGGCAAGGAAAGAAACCUGCACACAGCUCUGAUAGAAAUGCAUCAAACAAUGCCAACAUAUCCACGGGUGGAGAGUCUGGCAGUGAUACUUCUUCUGUUAGGAUCACCAGGAAGUCUGCAGGAUCUCAGCCUUCACAAGACUGUAAAGCUCAGACAAACAGCGCUCCCUCCUUAGCUCCUGAGCCUGAAGUUCUGGGAAAGAGGUGCUCGGCACUCAAUGCAGCAGCCAAGCUCCUAGCAAUGAAAGGCAGGGUGGAUACACCUGGCCACACCACUCGGAAAGACUCGGGGACUAAGGCUGCUGGGACCUCUCCUGCCUCCUCUUCUGAUAAGAACCAAAAGCCUAAAAGCAAAAGUGUACCAGCCUCUCCUCAGAGUAACUCUGUAACUCUUUCUAAUAAUAAAAGCAGUGGCAGCAAGCCCUCAACACCCAAUCAGACAAGUCGCUCU